GAGUCGAAGAAACUCAUCGAGUAGACCUCUCUUGUCGUCAUGGCAGGCGCAAAGGGACGUGUACUGCUUGCUUACUCUGGUGGACUCGAUACGAGCUGCAUUCUGGCAUGGCUCAUUGAGCAAGGCUACGAAGUCGUUGCCUUCAUGGCCGACGUCGGCCAAGAGGAAGAUUUCGAGGCCGCCCGCGAGAAGGCACUGAAAGUGGGCGCAAUCAAGUUCUUCCUCGAAGAUCUCAAGAAGGAAUUUGUCACCGAGCUCAUCUUCCCGGCCGUGCAAGCCAAUGCCAUCUACGAGGGAGUCUAUCUGCUCGGUACCUCGCUCGCUCGGCCCGUCAUCGCGCGCGCCAUGAUCGACGUUGCCGACCGCGAAGGAUGCCAAUUCGUCUCGCACGGUUGCACAGGCAAAGGCAACGAUCAGGUUCGAUUCGAGCUUGCCUUCUAUGCGCUCAAGCCCGACAUCAAAGUCAUCGCACCGUGGCGCAUGCCAGUGUUCUACAACCGCUUUGCAGGUCGCGGUCACUUGCUCCAGUAUGCGGCCGAGCAAGGCAUCCCCGUCGUGCAGACGGCCAAGAAACCUUGGUCGACAGACGAGAAUAUGAUGCACAUCUCCUACGAAGCCGGCAUACUCGAAGACCCCGACACGACACCGCCUGCGGAUAUGUGGAAGCUCACAAAGUCGAUCGAAGAUGCGCCGUCUGCUCCCGAGCGACUACACAUUGUCUUUGAGAAGGGUCUGCCCGUCGAGGUCACCUUGCUCGACCAAGCCAACAAAAAGGUCACUGACCCUGUCGAGCUCUUCCUGACCCUCAACGCAAUCGCACGCAAGCACGGUGUCGGCCGCUGCGACAUCGUCGAGAACCGGUUCAUCGGCGUCAAGUCUCGAGGCUGCUACGAGACACCUGGCGGUACGAUCCUGCGCAAGGCACACAUGGACCUCGAAGGACUCGUCCUCGAUCGCAACGUUCGCGCACUCCGAGACGGCUUCAUCACGACCGAGCUCAGCAAGAUCUUGUACAACGGUUUCUGGUUCAGCCCUGAACGCGAAUUCGUCACUGCUGCUCUGCCGGCCAGUCAGAAGGAUGUCAACGGUCUUGUCCGCUUGGCGCUCUUCAAGGGUAAUGUGAUCAUCGAAGGCAGAUCAUCGCAGACUGCUGCACUCUACGACGCUUCUCAGUCAUCCAUGGACGAACUCGGUGGAUUCUUGCCGGACGAUACGACCGGCUUCAUCGCUAUCGAGAGCAUCCGUCUGCGAAAGUACGGCGAGGCACGCAUCAAGCGAGGAGGCACUACCGGUCCAGAGAUUCACCGCACCAUCCUCUAGAGCUUUUCGGAAUUAGAAAUGUACCCUUUGCCGUUUUGACGUCGCGUCCAUGUUGAUACGUCGAUGAUGC